AUGCUAUUCGACUUAGGUAAACUUUUUGCAGCCUGUUUGGCUAUUUGGACGGUUUCAGCCAUUAAUGUCGAAACACUAGUGGCUGACCUCUCAGAUUCCCUGUUGGUGCAAGUCAACCGUCUUGACUCCAGAGCUUAUUAUAUUCCUGAUGAAACUAGUCUUUCAUUAAACGGUGAAUGGGAUUUUGGUUACUUUUCACUGCCUUUGGAAGCACCAAUGCCAGACACUAAAGAUAAUGAACUUGUUUCAAAAAUCGAUGUUCCCGGACAUUGGCAACUCCAAGGUUUUGGUCAUCCUCAUUAUACAAAUGUUGUUUUUCCAUUCAAUGUGAAUCCACCCCACCCUCCCGCUGACAACCCGACUGGGGUAUAUCGUAGAAACUUUACGGUGCCUGGAAAUUGGAGCUCUAAAGACGAAUUUGAUUACAGGCUUCGUUUCGAAGGGGUAGACAAUUCCUAUCAUGUCUUUGUUAACGGUAAGUUUAUUGGAUACAGUGAAGGUAGUCGAAAUCCUGCUGAGUUUGAUAUCGGCGAACAUUUGAAUCUAGGUGAAGAAAACGAAGUAUGGGUCAGGGUAUAUAAAUGGUCAAAGUCUUCUUAUAUUGAAGAUCAAGAUCAAUGGUGGCUAAGUGGAAUUUUCAGAGACGUAUAUCUUCUAGGUUUCAGAAAAGAAGGUUAUAUCGAAGAUUUUCAGGUUAUAACUGAUUUCGAUAAAUCUCUCACUAAUUCAGAAUUGAAAUUAUACACUUUUUUUAAUCAGGAAUCUGAUUUCAAUGAGAAUGAGCUUAAAGUUGACUUAACAGAUGAAAAUGCUACCAUUAUUAGAGAAUCUUUUAAAAUAAAUGCUACUUCUUUCGAUCAUUCUUUUUUCGUUGAAUCUCCAAGAAAAUGGACGGCUGAAACUCCAAAUUUAUAUUCUUUAAACUUAAAGGUUGUGAAUGCAAAAAACGAAACAUUAAGUGAAGUUAAUCAGCAAGUUGGUUUCAGAAAAGUGGAAAUCAAUGAUGGAACUUUGAAGGUCAAUGGCGUUCCAAUUCUUUUCAGAGGUAUUAAUAGACAUGACCAUCAUCCAGAACAUGGCCGUGCUGUUCCCUUGGAUUUUGUAGAAAGAGAUAUGUUAAUAAUGAAACAGCAUAAUAUUAAUGCUAUUCGUACCUCACAUUACCCAGACCACCCGAAAUUUUAUCAACUUGCUAAUAAAUAUGGGUUUUGGGUCAUUGAUGAAGCUGACUUAGAAUGUCAUGGGUUUCAAAGUGUGGUCUUGAAGCACGAUUACAAGGGAAAUCAAAUAGAUGAGGAAGAAAAAGAGCUAUAUGAUAAAGCUAAAAGCUUUACUUCGGAUAAUCAAACCUGGGAAAUUGCUUAUGUUGAUAGAGCAAACAGUUUGGUAAAACGUGAUUUCAAUCACCCAAGUAUUAUAAUGUGGUCUCUCGGUAACGAGGCAUUCUACGGUAGAAACUUUGCUGCUAUGGCUGAUAAAAUAAGAUCCUUGGAUUCUGGCCGUCCUAUUCAUUAUGAACAAGAUCGUAAUGCCACUUCGGCUGAUGUUUUCAGUCAAAUGUAUCCAACUUUGGAAGAAGUAGAAGAGUUUGGCAAAAAUCCAAGAGAUGGUAAACCUUUGAUUUUAUGUGAAUAUGGACAUGCAAUGGGAAAUGGACCAGGUCUAAUUAGACAAUAUCAAGACUUAUUUUAUAAGUACGAUGCUCUUCAGGGUGGAUUUAUAUGGGAAUGGAAUAAUCAUGGUAUAUAUGAUGAAGGCACUUAUAAGUACGGUGGUGAUUUUGGUGACUGGCCAAAUGAUGGUCAAUUUAUUAUGGAUGGGCUUACUAACUCCAAGCAUGAUCCCACCCCUGGCUUAGCUGAGUUAAAAAAGGUUAUUGAGCCAAUACUAAUCAACAUUGAUGCAACGAAAGGUACCAUAAGAAUCAAUAAUACUUUUGAUUUUAUUGAUUUAGAUAAUUACGACUUUAAGUAUAAUAUCACUAGUUACAGAGGUAUCAAAAAGACCCAAGUUAGUGAUGGGAUUCUUCAGCUUGGUAAGACGUUGAAAGCUCAAGAAUCAAUCGAAUUUCCAAUUCCCGAUUAUAAAAAAGAUGACAAUUUAGAUCAUAUAAUAAUUGAAGUGCAAGCAACAUUAAAGGAAUCGACUAAUGCAGUAACAGCUGGUCAUUUGGUAGCUUGGGGCCAAACUUUCUUAAAAUCUUCUCCAGCUGUGCUAGCAAUGAACUCGAGUGAAGUGUUUGAUUACGAGGAAACACCUGGUUUGUAUACAGUUAAAAAGGGUGAUGAUUUCCAUUUUAUUUUUGACAAGGUCAACGGUAAAAUUGUUGAAUGGAAGGUCAAUGGCCAAGUUUAUAUUGGCGAAGGUUUUAAUAAUAUAACUUUCUGGAGGCCUAGUACCAAUAAUGAUCAGCCAGUGGAUGAGCCAUACUGGGAGGGAUUUGGUUUAAAUGCUACUCAAAAAAAUGUUGUCGAAUUUGCUUAUGGAGACACGAAUAUCUCUGUUAAAUCGUAUAUUGGUCCUCCUAAAUUAUCGUGGGGGUUUGAAGUUACUGAGGAGUUUGAACUUGAGACUAAUUCUAUCAAGAUUAAAUCUGAGUUUAUUCCUAAGGCAUAUAAUCCAUUUGCAGAUAUACCAAAUUCAAUUCCACGUUUAGGUUACGAAUUCACAAUAGAUGACGAUAUUGGAGAAAAAGUAAAGUGGCUAGGUAGAGGUCCUGGUGAAAGUUAUGCUGACAAAAAGGAAUCCCAGAAAUUCGACCUUCACGAACGCAACUAUACUGACCUUGGCUAUGCAUAUGAUGUCCCACAAGAGAAUGGUAAUCAUGAAGACACUUUCUGGGUAUACCUAGAAGGAAAAGAAAAUGGCGGGUUACUCAUUAAUGGAGGUGAAAAUCAGUUUAAUUUCAAAGUCUCUGAUGAAUAUGGCUUACAAGAAGCGUUGCAUCCCAAAGAUGUUAGACAUGGUAAAAGGUACGUUAGAGUUGACUAUAAACAGCACGGACUUGGUACCGCUGCCUGUGGACCAGGUGUUCAGCCACCAUUUCAAUUUAAUAUAUCUGAAAAUGAGCCAAUAAAAUUUCAAUUUGAAAUGGCAGUAUUGAAUUGAAGAGUUCUUAUAUACUUC